UUUGAAAAGCCAACAUUUGCUAAUGAGAGCCAUCACUCCUCGUUGCCGCCAUUUCUCAUCUGCCAAGCAACUAAAAGACUUAGUUUCAUCAUCAUCAACCCCAAAACCUGAAUUUCUUCAUUCCAUUCUCAGUGAAGAUUUAUGCGGUGAAAUAUUGAACCAAUACCCAGAUAUCAGAACAUUGAAAAAACUCCAUUCCAAGAUACUCAAUAACCGGCAUCUUCGUUUCAACCCAACUAUAGCCAUCAAAUUGAUGAGAGCCUACGCAGCUUGCGGAGAUCCAGCAGUUGCACGCCACAUAUUCGAUGAAAUGACUGAAAAGAACAUCGUUUUCUUUAACGUCAUGAUAAGAAGCUAUGUAGGCAACGGUUGCUAUCACGAUGCUCUUCUUAUGUUCAAAGAAGUAUCUAGCCAUGGUUUGCGCCCUGAUCACUAUACGUACCCUUGUGUCUUAAAGGCAUGUUCUAGGUCAGAUAAUUUGCGGGUGGGUUUGCAAAUCCAUGGUGAUGUGGUUAAAGUUGGUCUUGACUUGAAUCUUUUUAUAGGGAAUGGGCUGAUUGCUAUGUAUUCCAAGUGUAGAUUUUUGGUCCAAGCGCGGCGAGCUUUUGAUGAGAUGCCGAUUAGAGAUAUUGUUUCUUGGAAUUCAAUGGUUUCUGGAUACGCACAGAAUGAAUGCUUUGAUCAAGCACUGGUUGUUUGUAGGGAAAUGAAGUUACUGGGGAUAAAACCCGAUGCUGGGACUAUGUCCAGCCUAUUACCAGCAGUGACCAACACUUCCUCCGAUAAUAUUUCGUUUGUUAAAGAAAUGUUUUCGAAGUUGGCUCGAAAGAGCGUCGUUCCUUGGAAUGUGAUGAUUUCGAUUUUUGUGAACAAUUCAUUGUCAAGUGAAGCCGUGGAUUUGUUUUCGCAGAUGGAGGCAUAUGGUAUCGAACCAGAUUCUUUUACCAUUGCUAGUAUCCUUCCUGCUUGUGGUGAUCUUUCGGCUAUUUUUCUCGGAAGACGAAUUCAUGAAUAUAUCAAUAGGAAGAAACUCUUUCUGAACUUGGCACUGGAUAAUGCACUAAUUGACAUGUAUGCAAAGUGUGGAUGCUUAAAAGAAGCGAAGGCGGUGUUCGAUCAGAUGAAGUUUCGGGAUAUUGUGUCAUGGACUUCUAUGAUCUCAGCUUAUGGAAUGAGUGGCCAAGGUGACAAAGCUAUGUCCCUUUUCUCUAAAAUGCAAAACUCGGGUCUGACUCCAGAUUCUAUUGCAUUCGUGUCGGUUCUUUCGGCUUGUAGCCAUGCAGGGUUACUGGACCAAGGUUGGUAUUUCUUUAACUUGAUGACAGACCAACAUAAAAUUCUUCCCAGGGUAGAGCAUUUUGCUUGUAUGGUUGAUUUACUUGGACGUUCCGGGCAAGUAGAAGAAGCCUAUAAUUUCAUCAGAAAGAUGCCAAUUGAACAUACUGAGAGGAUAUGGGGAACUUUGUUGGGUGCCUGUUGGAUGCAUUCUAACAUGAAUAUCGGACUCCUUGCUGCUGAUCAUCUUUUCCGAUUAGCACCGGAGCCGUCCGGAUAUUAUGUCUUGUUAUCGAACAUAUAUGCGAAGGCUGGUAGAUGGGAAGAUGUUACAACUGUUAGAUCUAUCAUGAAGAGCAAAGGGAUCAAGAAAAUGGCUGGUGCUAGCAAUACCGAGAUCGACAAUCAGGUUUAUACCUUUCUUGCCGGUGAUCAGUCGCAUCCACAGUCGAGGGAAAUCUACAAGAAAUUAGAUUUUCUGGUGGGGAAAAUAAAAGAGGCCGGUUAUGUCCCGGAAACUCAGUCCGCACUUCAUGAUGUUGAGGAGGAAGAUAAGGAAGGCCAUCUGGCUGUUCACAGUGAGAAGUUAGCUAUAGUCUUCGCCAUUUUAAAUACUAAACCCGGGACACCCAUUCGAAUCACCAAGAAUCUCCGUAUAUGCGGCGAUUGCCAUGUCGCUGCUAAACUCAUUUCACAAAUCACCGAACGCGAGAUCAUAGUCAGGGAUACGUAUCGGUUUCACCAUUUCCAAUACGGUGUUUGCUCAUGUGGAGAUUACUGGUGAAUCGAUUUCGGAGAACUGCUCCCGAAUUCACAUGAUACCGGAAUAUAAGCAACAGAGAGAUCAGCUGUCUAUCGUUUAAUCGGAUUCGGCAGGCCAUAGUUGUACGUCGGUCUUGAUACUACUGAAUUCCGGUGCAAUGAUUCUACCGAGAAGUCUUUAGACCAUUUUGAUCAUCUUAUAAGUGGCUAGGCUCGAUGUCUGUUUUGAGAGGUAGGU